AUGGAUCUCAACGUGACGACAGAGAAACCCUUCCGCCUGGUCUCGCGACUGAAGAAGGAGUCCUACAGGGCACUCACUGCGUCCUCCACCCGCUGGCUUUCUUGCCUUCGUAGGCUGAAUGCAUUACUCGGUAGGUUUGAUCCUCGCAACGCACGCGAUCUCGAUGCUGGCGAGGGUGUCCUUGCUGCCCGUCCGUCCAACGUUCCGGCGUUUAGCCCCCUCCCCGGACCUUGGGGCUUUCUGACUUCGGGGUACAUCGUAGGAUUAGCCGUUAUGGUAUUUCGAGUUCGAUUAGUUUUGCGUACUCCGACUCUGCACUUCCUUGGCAAAUCACUACUCAUAUGGGUCAUCACGCUAGCACAAACGGCCAACAAAUUUUCAUUCUUGGGCUCGCCGUGGCUACUAUCCUAUGGGAACUGGGUGGCACACCAGGAAAUGGCGACCCUUUGCUGGUCCACGUUCUGUUCAGUGUGUGGAGUCCUCUGCAUGGAAGCCUUGACUCGUGGCUUAGAAGGAGGGACCAACAGCGGAUCCCCAUUUAACCUGUUUGCAUAUGCGUUCUUAUUACACAUAUAUUCAUCCCCGAUGACACAUGGCAACAAGCUCGAUGGACUUCCGUCCAGACCUGACAAACACGUUGUGUUUACUAUCAUAUUACCCCUUCUACACCUCACCAUCGUGCAUUGUCUAGGAAUCAAGCAAAAAUGGUCAAAUCACCGUCUUAUCCCCUCAGCAGUUGUAUCUUUACUCGGUCUCUUUCAUUUCCAUGCUGUCCUUUGGUUCUCCAAGUCAUCAUAUCCACUCCUUAACUAUAUGCCCUGCCUCUUCGAAACGAUCUUGCUGUCCUUCAUCGGCUCUAUCACACGGCCACUAUUUGGCCAUCACUCCGUCCUACUUCCGAAAUGGGAAGAAGAUUUUUCCAUCGCACUUCUCCGGUUGGGUACGGCGAGCCUUGAAGCCUCCGUGUCGGCGCUUACAGCUCCGGCUGCCAACCCGGCUGAACGGGGAGCAGUCGAGCUUGGUCGGUAUGGAGUCACAUCUGUUUCGCGAACAUUUGAAGGCGAAGGGAGGAACCGUCGGCUGAAGAAAGGGUUUGCGAACGAAAUUAAGUGCGUCAAGGCAGCCUCGGUUGACAGUGAUGUGUGGUUGGACAUGACCUGGUGCCGUGAGUUUGCAAGGUUUGGUGUCGGUGUGACGCGAUGCGUAAAGGGCCUGUACACGCGAGUCUGGAAUUUUGCUCGGGGCAGGUCUGGGUCGGAUGACGAGCAGAAUACAUACGACAAGUUUAUCCACGGUGAAGAAGUGAGCGACGACGAUCACGACGAAUUCGAACCAGGAGACAGUUCGUCUCGGUCACCUUCCCAUUCAAGCAGCUCCUCGCCCUGGAACAGCGCCGACGAAAGCGAUUCUCAACAGGAGACUAUGAACCUCUACGCUGACCUGUCCUCCGCUGUGCCCUUAUCGACGUCCCCAUCACACCUAUUGGCACAUAUGGCGGACACCUCUUCCACGCCGCUGACGAGGCGACGGUUCAGCCGGAUGCUAUCUGGUCACUUGGCGACGAGCUCGCAAAACCAAACUGAGGAUGAGUGGAUGGAAGUAAUACGUGCACGGCGGCCAGUGUCCAUGGCAGCGACUAACUCGAGUGAUAGCUCGAUGGGAUCGGGAAGCUGUAACGAGUUUAGACACAACUGUGUCAUUUGUACAGUAGAACCACGCCAGAUUAUAUGCUGGCCAUGCCGGUGCUUUGCGUUAUGCGACGAUUGCCGGGAGAACCUCGCUUCCCGCUCCUCAGCUUCGAAGCAUAUGUGCCCUUGUUGCCGACGAAGUGUGGAAGGGUAUUCGAAGAUCUACAUCCCAUAG